CUGCAGUGCAACAUGGUACUGCACAAUCCAGCGUCUCAACGUUGCCGGUCGUACUAUUCAUCCGUCAUCACUGGGGGUGAACAAGAGGCAGGCUGGCAGUAUUAUACAGUUGCCUGCAGCGACUUCCGGAUCCUGAAUGCACUCUCGGUGAUGAGGAACGAGACCCACGAGGAUGUCACCUGCUCCAACGGAUUCUCCUAUCUACCGACCACGUCAGGCAAAUGUUUCCAUGACAACGUACCCUUAGAUAUAGGACGGUGCAUGCAGACCCUCUGGAUUGACCCGGUGCGAGUAUUCAGGACGCCUCUCCCUGCUCCCCUGGCCAGUGGUGCGGAGAUUAUCGUGGAGGCAGCCGCAGGUGGGGUCAGCUUGUAGGUAUAUCGCUGAAACGAAACUUACUCAACAUGUAGGUGUUUGUGAAGUUCACAAUCAUCAGCAUUUUGAUUGAUGUGUUGUUUAAUGCAUGUGGAACUUUCGGGGCCUGUGAGUAAUGAUGCGUUUAGAAAUUGAUAUGAUUUGAUGAGAAGACAGACACAGGUCUGAAUUAUGUAUGAUUAACACCGGAAAAUGUCUACCAUUUAAAGUCAGGUUGUUAGUAAUAGAGAAGGGGUGUAUGGGCAAUGAUCCAUAGCCAGGCACGAAAUAUUUGGACUUUAGCAACUCAUGCUUGUCGAGCAA